GUGGUUAUUAGGUAAAUAAGUUAUUUUAUAAAAUUGACAAAUUCUGGUUUCACUGCUGCGUUAAUUUCGAGAAAUAUGGAUCCCACUGAAGUAACUUCUGAUAAUGGAAACGAAGAUUUUGAUAAAACACCUAAAAUUUUGUUCUCGAAACAAAAGUUUGAUGAAAACUUAAAUGAAAUAGAAAAAAAUGACCCUAGCGAAUCAAAUUUGGAUUGUUUUAUCCAAUCAGAAGCAAGCACAACAACGAAUUCUGGGCAUUGUGAUGUCAUAAAUGAUGAUCUCAGCAAAAGUUUUGCGGAAAAAUGUAAAAAGACGGAAGUUUCUGAUUUAAAUGAAAAUAUUGUGAACAGCAAUUCAGGAAAAGUUGAAGCCAUUUCAAACACAACACCCGCUGUGCAUAGUGGUUUGUCCAUUGAAAUUAAUGACAUCAGUCUUAAAGUAGAAAAAAGUUCGAAAAAAAUGCCGGAAAAUUCUUACGCAUAUACUAAUAAUAGCGAGGAACAAACUUUAACAAAUGAAGAAAAACUUGGAGUAAAACAUACUUUGGAUAACGGGGUUGAAGAUUUGGGUGUUAGCGAGGAAUUAUCUGCCGAAAGUUUCAAUUCAAACCCGUCUCCCAACUCCAACGAUGAAUUGUCGCUCGAUUCCGGGAUUGUCUCGUUAGACGACCAAGAAGCAGAUAAAAUGAACCCAAAUGAGAUGAAUCCAUCAAAUAACAGGAAGCGAUUAAGAAGUAGUUUAGUUUCCGACCAAUCAGCGAAACGAGAACGAAAAUUGUUGGGCAAGAAAGUGAUGUUCGAGAAAGUAAAAAUCUUCUUUUUUCCACGAAAACAAAGUUUCAUCACCGUACCAAGCCAAGGGGGUUCAACAUUAGGAAUGGAUUUAAAACACAACGGAUUUAAAGAACUAACUUUGGAACAACAUAAGAUUUCUAUUGCUCGGCGAAGACGGUUAGCGAUAAAGGAACACGAUCGGCAACAAAGGAUUGAAUCGAAGUUAAGGCAGCUUCGUCAAACGUAUCCAAACCAUGAACAUGGAGAUCUUAUAUCGAUGAUCGAUGAACCGGAACUCGUCGAGUCUGAUUCCUCGUCGGAUGAAAUCGAUCAACCCGAAAAUGACGAUUAUUUCUUCUUACAACCAAUCCCAACCAAAAAACGCCGAUUCAUGCUGCGAAUGUCAGGGGUCCAAAAGAUUGAUUCCGAGGAAAAACUGACGAACCGUUUAACUCGUGAGUCGCGCGAGGUUUGUGGAUGCGACUGCGUUGGUGUUUGUUCACCUGCUACCUGCCAAUGCUCAAUAGCUGGCAUCCCUUGUCAGGUGGAUCGCGAAUCUUUCCCGUGCGGGUGUUUGGAGUCCGGAUGUUCCAACAAUAGUGGAAGAGUUGAGUUUGACGCGAGUCGUGUCAGGAAUCAUUACCUCAAAACUAUGGGGAGGCUGAGGAUUGUCUCGUCGGGGAUCUUACCACAAGAUACCUUGGCUGUUCCAACCACUGCAUUAUACUCCCCGUAUGUGGAAUCCAUGAUUAUGACAUCACAAUCUCAAAACAAUGGCCAAGUCAACCAUCACAAUUACACACAAGAUAAACAUUGCCAUCAAGUGGCAGAAUCUUGGUCCAACCACACGGAGGAAGUAGAGAGUAACACGAUACGCUUCACUGCCCCGGAAAAUAUCUCGUCACGAUUUGAAUCUCAGUUCUACGGCAGCACGCGCACCUCACCACUACAGGGCGGUAGUGAGCAACGAAUGAAACUUGAACCAAUAGCGAGCUUCCUUUCAACCACCAAUCAGAAGCCAGCGUCAAACAACAAAGAGUUUAUCCUUGACGUGAUUGGACAACCAAGUCACACACAACCGACCAAUCACGCGGCACCAAACGUCACAUACUGUGGGGCGUCGCCCACACAGGAUUGCGCAAUAGUGGGCGUGGCGUCCUCACAAAACCAAGAUUCUGUCACAGCUUAAACAACAUUAAGUAAACCAAGGACAUUAUAUUUAUAUUUUGAUCUUUCAGUGAGGAUUUCCUGAACAACAUAUUCCGACUGAGUUUUACUCAGAUAAGGACAACCUAUAUAGGCCGUUGUACGUGGAAAAGUCGUCAGAAAAUUUCAUGCAGAGAAGCCGCACUACAAGUAAAAGAUGACAACCACACUAUAUAAGUUUCUUGUAUAAGGGUUUUGUUCACAAAUAAUGCCCCCAUAUUUUCCACACAUGACGCACACAAUGCUUCAGCAGGGGGGCUGAACUUGACCUUUACUCGAAUUGUUGGAUUGAUACCACGGAUGCAUAAAAACUAAAAACUUCAAACAUUUUACAAGAUAAACACCACUAAAGCAAAAUACAUUAAAUAUAUUAGUGAUGUGACGUACAUUUCCCAGUAAUGAGAAAAUAGACAACAUUUUCGAGUGGGGAGCAAAAUGUUGUUACUUUAUGAUAUCUAUGUUAUUCAAAUGCAGUAUACACACUUUGUGUGAUGUCAUAGUAGUGUAUUAUUUCAUCAUCGGUACUUCUGCAGAUACAGGUUGCAACCAUUAGCAAUGCUACAAACAGUGGCGUAACCAGAAACAUAAUAAGGAAUAGGUUUAAACAAAAAUUUUAACAAGUUGUUUUUGUUUAAAUUUUGGGGGUGCCGAACUCCCAACCUCCCCCCUGGUUGCGCCACUGCUACAUACCUGUGAAACAAAAUGCCUCUUUUUGUAUUCUUUUUAUGCUUAGGACAUUUUCCUUUGUUUGUUUAUUUGACAGACAUUCAUAUUUAUUAGGAAAUUUGGUUCUGUAAAAAUUAGUAAAAUUUUGAUUUUCAAAUGUUUUUUUAUACAACAAGUUUUAGGUCAAAUUUUUGCACAGAUUUACAUUAAGUGCUAACUACUCAACUAAUUGUAUUUUUUAGCUACUUUGGUUAAAACCAGUUAAAAAAAUAAAUUGAAAUUUCGUUUUUAAGAAAACAAUUUUUUUUUGGAAAUUGAAAUAUUUCGAAAACCUUUUUGCAUAAGAUAAAGUAGAAAAUAAAAAUGAUGAAAUUGA